AUGAAUCUUGCUGAUUCCGAAGGCCCACCCCCCAAAAAACGACGAUGUUUCUUCAGCGAAAACCCGCAAAGAAUAUCCAAUACUCAGUCUUCAUACUUCGUCGAUGAUGGAGAUAACUCAAGUAUUAUUACAGUAGAGGAGAGGAUAGAUAGUAAAGGAUGUCAAGAAUAUCACCUUUCUCAGAAUGACCAUGUUAGAGAUGACGUGGAACAGAAAUUCGAACAGGAGACAUUCGAAAGUUUCGUGGGGGACAAAGUAGCCCCGAAUGUGAUGCAAGUUCUAUGGGAUUCUUGUGGCAAUGAUAUAGAAAAAGCGGUAAACAUGUACUUAGACGGCUCAUGGAAUAAGUCAAUGUCAAUAGCAGCAACAAAUAAUUCAGAAUCUGACCAGAAGAUCUUAAAUAAUAUACCUAAGAACACAAAAACUUGUAAUCAACAAGUAGGUUCAAUUCCACCACCUGUGUCUAGGUUAAUAUCAGAAUGCCGCUAUAUUGGUGCAUUUGGGUGUGAAGGCUGGGCAACUAGAAGUGGGACGGGACUUAUCAAGCAUGGAGACAUUGUCCAAAUUGAGAGACAAAAAAUACAGCCAUCCAAGGUUUCAGCUAGCAAGUCUAAGGGGAGAAUAGCUUCAGCCAUAGCAGCUCCCAGACUUAACUUCGCUAAUUCUAAAAGAAUUGAUGUUCUUGUACGGUUCACAAACACUAAGGGCGAUGAGAUCGGUCGAAUAUCUCAAAAUUAUGCCGAUUGGAUCUCUACUUUAAUAGAUCAAAAGAUUUGUAAAUUUGAAGGAAUAUGUUUCUACGCUCCAGAAAAGCUGAGAUCUGGAGAUACGCUAUUUCUGCAGCUACGCUGCUCAUUACUCCGAACAGCAUUCGAAAGUACGAAGUUUAGCUUAACGAAAUUCUCUGGCCUAGCUGUAGCAGAUGAAAGAGAAGGUCUCGAAGAAAAGCAAUUGCGGCAGAAACAAUUCGCUCUUGUUAGAUUAUUUAAAGAGAUAAACCUAAUGCCAUCCCAGGCAUCUGGAAUGUCUGAGAAACGCAAGCAAGAAGGACUUCUUAAUGGAUCAGAGGUUGUCGAACGACAUGAGAAAAUUGAGUCUGACGUUCUGACAAGCUCUGAUGAUCACGGACAAACUGCGGAAGCCGAAGAAGAUGAAGAUGGAAAAGAACUCGAAAAAGACCAACUUGAUACGUUAUAUAAAAAGGCUCAGUUCAUUGACUUUGAUGCGGAAGCAGCUGAACCAGCAAACUCAUUUGUCUUGACUUUAAGACAUUAUCAGAAGCAAGCCUUACAUUGGAUGAUAUCAAAAGAAAAGAAUAAGCAGGACGCAAAUAGAGAAAUUUCAAUGCACCCUCUCUGGGAGGAAUAUACAUGGCCGGAGAAAGAUCUUGAUGACUUAGAUUUGCCCACAAUGUCCGAUCAAAGGAAAUUUUACGUCAAUCCAUAUUCCGGUGAGCUAUCCCUUGAUUUUCCAGUGCAAGACCAGCAUUGUCUCGGGGGCAUUCUAGCAGAUGAGAUGGGCUUAGGCAAAACCAUCGAAACGAUGAGCCUGAUACAUUCUCAUCAGCCAGAAAUAAUCACAACUCAGGAGAAAUUGACACCAAAGGCUGGUAAUUUUCUUUCGCAAAUGUCUAUUAGUCCUAAAUUGACGAAGAUUGCACCAUUUACAACCUUGGUUAUCGCACCAAUGUCGCUUUUAGCUCAAUGGCAAAGCGAAGCUGAGUUGGCCUCAAAAGAAGGAACAAUGAAGGUCAUGGUCUACUAUGGAAAUGAUAAAAUAGCAAACUCAAAUAUCCUUUCUUACGCAAUGAAUGCUUCAUCAUUUCCCAACAUGAUAAUUACAAGCUAUGGAGUUGUUCUUUCCGAAUUUAGCCAAAUUGCGGCAAAGAGCGCUGAUCGAUGCACGAACCUGUGUUUAUUCUCGUUGAAAUAUUUCCGCGUCAUUUUGGAUGAAGCGCACUACAUUAAGAACCGUCAGAGCAAAACAGCUAAGGCAUGCUGCUCAAUUGAAGCAGAACAUCGUUGGGCUCUGACUGGGACACCAAUUGUUAAUCGCUUAGAGGAUUUAUUUAGCCUCGUUCGAUUCCUCCGUGUCGAACCAUGGUCUAAUUAUUCCUUUUGGCGCACAUUUAUCACAGUGCCCUUUGAAUCUAAGGAUUUUGUACGUGCACUUGAUGUAGUUCAGACAGUAUUGGAACCGCUAGUACUCCGAAGGACUAAGGAUAUGAAGACACCAUCUGGUGAAUCUCUUGUUCCUCUACCCCUCAAAAUAAUUAAUAUUGUCAAUAUUGAACUAUCAAAGCCGGAAAGAGAGGUUUACAAUCACAUCUUAACUCGAGCUAAACGAACAUUUGAAGCUAACAUGGAAGCCGGUACUGUCCUCAAAGCUUACAAUAGUAUUUUUACACAAAUAUUGCGUCUACGUCAAUCUUGUUGCCACCCAGUCCUAACUCGCAAUAAAAAUAUUGUAGCCGAAGAGGAAGAGAGUGCCGAGGUUAAUGACAAUGCCAGUGGAUUAGCUGAUGACAUGGAUUUACAGUCACUGAUAGAGCGAUUUACGGCAGAGACUGAUGAUCCAGCUGACACAAACACUUUCGGAGCCCAUAUCCUCCAGCAGAUACAGAACGAUGAUGAAAGCGAAUGUCCUAUCUGUUCAGAAGAGCCCAUGAUAGACCGAACUGUUACGAGCUGCUGGCAUUCAGCUUGCAAAAAGUGUUUACUUUCCUACAUAGAUCAUCAAAUUGAAAGGCAAGAGACGCCUCGCUGUGUAAGUUGUCGUGAAGUUCUUAAUACUCGCGACUUAUUCGAGGUAAUACGGGAUCUGCAUGAUGGACUGCCCAAAGUUUCUCUUCAACGAUUAGGUUCCACCUCUGCUAAGAUUGGAGCCUUAAUAACCCACCUCAGACGUCAAAGAGGAGAAGCACCUGGUACAAAGUCAGUUGUAUUCAGCCAGUUCACCUCUUUUCUAUCGCUCAUAGAACCAGCACUUGGUAGAGCUGAUAUUCCAUUUAUACGACUUGAUGGGUCUAUGUCGCAAAAGACACGAGCCACUGUUCUUUCCGAAUACGCUUCGAGUGAAAAGGGAGAGGUUUUGCUGAUAAGCUUACGCGCUGGUGGAGUUGGACUAAAUCUAACCAUGGCAAAAAGGGUUUACAUGAUGGAUCCAUGGUGGAGUUUCGCAGUCGAGGCCCAAGCUAUUGAUCGCGUUCAUCGUAUGGGACAGACUGAUGAGGUCAAAGUUUAUCGGUUUAUUGUUCAGGAUAGUGUGGAAGAACGUAUGUUGAAGAUUCAAACCCGAAAGAAGUUUAUUGCAAGUUCGUUGGGAAUGAUAAAUGAUGAAGAGAAAAAGUUGCAACGUCUUGAGGACAUUAAAGAAUUGUUGUCAUAA